ACCACAAACCACCUCAUAUCACUGAGGCUACUGAUACAGCGGACACUUUGAGCUGCUCCUGGCACAGGUUUCCUCUGCUUCAAAGUUUAAGCAGCCCCAUCCACCCGUCUCGCCUCAGUACGUUAGGGGAGGAGCUUCAUCACACUGAGACACGCCCCUUCUGUCGAUCACCUGCGCUGGGAAGCAGAGGCCGCAGCCCCUCUCCUCAGCCUUUAAAAAACGACGAGCUUUCUUCUUCUUCGCUAAAAAAUAACUCAAAUGUAAAUCAUCGACCUUCCAAAUUACUCCUUCCAUCCUUCCCUUGUGUCAGUCCUCUAAACCUGAGCCCCAGAGUCGUAGAUGGAAUUGAAGACAACGGUCACACGUUUCAGUACAACGUAGAGCAGGGUGAGACAAAGGCUAAUAUACAAGACCAGUUACAGGUGAGCGCUAACCUGCUGCUCGAGACAGAGGAGGUGAGGCAGAACAUCAGCAAGCUCAACAAAGAGGUGAACAGCUURAAUGAGGAAGUGUCCAACAUGGCCAAACAGCUCCACAACAUGAUGCACUGCCUGCAGGCUCAUAUGACCACGCUGCAUCAUGUCUCUUCUGGUGCGAUGACUUGCGGCAACCGGCAUUCUCACGUUUUUCCAGACACGCCCAAUGAAAUGCAACUGCAUCRCGAGACAAUUUGCCGCCCAGCAUCCAGCUGCAGCGGGACGCCCUCACACAGCAGACGCUCUGUCGUGCAGCAUUCAUCGAGUGCUACAUGUUUACAUCUCUGCUGCUCUGGCAGAGAACAGAACCACAGUCCCUUUCAAGCACCCAGAGCAACGCCAGUGACUCAAACCCAGGGAGGUCCUUCCCUCCUGGGCAUUAGCUCAGCUUUUGGUACUUUCCCAGUGACCCACGGUCUCUCUCAUCCAUCAAUCAACAUUCAAACUCACGCUGACGUUGUGCCAAAUCUGACCAAUCCCCAGACACCGAUUCAUUCCCCCAACACUCCAGCGGGUCAGCCGCAGUAUCACACCGCCUUCAGCUCUCUGACACCCUCAGCAAGUUCCACAUCAAUGUCCACGGUUUAUAACAAGACACAACAGAACUCUGUGAGACWAAAUGAUCCAAUAGGAUCCAGUCCUGUCCAUCAUUCACCGGAGCGUGCACGUUCUCUAUUGGGACAUCCAUCAGAAAGUGACUGUUCACUCUAUCAUGAGAGGAAGGACCACAUCGGUGCAGACAACAAUCUCCUUAAAUUACAGGACUGAUAAUAUUAGUUGUGUUUUGCAUGUUAAUGACAAUUCUUUACUGUGAAAGAAUAAUUGUGUAUUGUUCGUCAGCAAUGAUCUAUUCACUGCUGUAAAUUAAUAAUUUAUUUUUAAGGAAUAAAAUGGUACUUAAGUGUUUAUUUACAACAUGGUUCAUCUAUUCAGGUAGAUCAUUAGCAACAACUGAUGUCAGACAUAACUUUCUCAAUAAUUCAAAAGUCACUAUAGUUGUUAAUUUUGCUAUAACUUUGUUACAUAUAAAUACAUCAGGAUUUGGAGAAAUAUUGACAUUUGACUGCUAUUUUCCAAUAGAUUUUUUUAUCUGAUAAGCUGUGAAUCAAAGGUAUACAGCACCUCUGUGUGGUUAUAAAAACAAAUUACAACAAAUGUGCUUGCAUUUUUAUCACAAUGAGAAUGAGAAAAAGCUAAUGUUGCAGAUUUAAUAAAACCUAUUUGAAAUACCCAAACAGAAAAAACUUAUAUAAAAAAGUUGCAAUUGUCAGUUUUCUAUAAAGACACUCAACAACUGUA